UUCCAGCAGCUUCCACUCGCGGGACACCAACUCCCCCGCGGGCGGAACCGAGUGCUUUUGCGAACUGCCUCACGCUCGCGGCUGCGCGUCCGUAACGGAACACCUCUAACGCUCGGGAAACUCGAAUGUGAUCCGGGUGUCCAUCGAGGAAACCUCUUACGCGCAGCACGAGAGCAAAGGCCCGCCUGCGCUUCGGUGACGCUGGCGGAGGUUAUUACGCACCGGUAUCGACCACCGUGCCGAGCGAGGACAGGGCGGAGGACCGGGGGGGGGCGUUCACCCGCCCUGACGAGAGGACGCCCUCACCGCGGUCGCUAGGCGGCGCCGUCUCCCCGGCGCGCCGGCCGCCGCCGUCCUCCACACCCCCCCCCAAUAUUCCCGCCGGGAACGCCCAACCCUGCGCGUGCGCACCAGCGCCCGCCUCCCGCGCCCCGCUCCAAGGCAGGCGCCCUCUGAUGACGCCACCUCACCUGGCGUCCAAAACAACCAGCGUGCCGCCGCCGCCGCCGCUCGGGCGCAUGCGCGCUAGGUGGCCCCGAUGUGGAUUCGCCGGCUGGGCGAGGGGGAGCAAGGCGGUGCCUAGGUGAUGCUGAAGAGCAGGCCCGGGGCCGGCAGCCCCCCCGCAGCCGGCCAGGCCCUGUGCGUGCGCGGGGUGGGAGAGAUGGACUCGGCAGAGCCCGCGGGCAGAGGCCUUUCGGCGGAUCGGCCCGCGGCUAGCCGCCUUCGGUGCGGGGAGGAGGAGCCGGACAAGGAGGGAGAUGAUGCGGGAGGGAAGAGCGGCGGCUGCUCCGGGGAGCAGAGCCUGAAUCCCGAGCUGCAGCAGGGGUACCGCAUCCUGCGCGAGUUUCUCCUGGAGAAGUAUCGCCCUCUGACAGAACCGUUUUUGAAACCCCUCGCGGAUCAGGCAUCCGUCAGGGCAGAAGGAGCUGGCUCCGUCUCGGGUCAUAACAGUAGUCGCUCCUUUCAGCCGUCGCCAGCUGGAAUGUGGCUGUUGAAGAUGGAAGAGAAAUUUUCCAGUGGGCAGUACAUGGGGAUAGCAGAUUUCGUGGGUGACUUCCGGCUAAUGCUGGAGACAUGUUACCGGCUGCAUGGUGUAGAUCACUGGCUCUCCAGACAGGCCCAGAAGCUGGAGAUGAUGCUGGAACAGAAGCUGGCGCUGCUGUCCCGGCAUUUAAGAGAGAAAACAUCAAUAGCUGUAACAUCUAGAGGAUGCUAUAGGCUGGAAGAUGAGAAAGGAACAGCAUGCAUUUCAACAAGACGACGUUCCACGCCUCGCAAUUUAGUAGGCUUGUCAACAGGCACGUUUGAGUCUGUGAUGGUUCAGGCUCUAAGACAAGAGGAACAGCUGAGAGCAAAAGAGGAAAAGAGGCUGAGAGAGCAAGAAAGAAAAGAAGCAGAAGAAGCUAGUCAGAAAGAAAUAGAAGAAUGGGAAAAGUCACUUUUAGCUCAAGCAGCACCUACAAGGAUGGAGACAAUGUGGGAGAUUCCAGCUAUUGGUCAUUUUCUUUGUUUAGCACAGCAGAUUUUAAAUUUACCUGAAAUAGUGUUCUAUGAAUUGGAACGUUGUCUUCUGAUGCCUCAGUGUAAUGCUUUUUUAUCUAAAAUAAUGACUUCUUUGUUAAGUCCUCCUCACCGCAGAUCUACGUUACAUCGCAGGCCUACACUUUCUUAUAAGACUUGGGAAGCAGCACUCAGACAGAAAGUACAACACUGGUAUACUGCUGUAGGGCAGACUGACAAUCCUAAUAGCUCUGCAGAAAAACUUGGAUUGUGUCCCCAGUUUUUCAAAGUCCUUGGUGAAGUUAAUCCCUUGGAGGAAAAAUCGUUUCAUGAGCUACCAUUCUACCAAAAAGUGUGGCUGCUAAAAGGUCUCUGUGAUUUCGUGUAUGAAACACAGAAGGAUGUUCAGGAUGCAGUGCUAAGUCAGCCUAUCCAUGAAUGCAGAGAAGUAAUUCUUGGUUACGACUACUUGGAGAAUGCAUAUGUUCAUUUUCCACAGUUUUGCGGUGCAGAUGUUCGGAUUUACAAACAAAAACCUUUUCAGGCUCCUGAAUUCCCAUCUCCUCCCAUCAAAGUUAAAAAAGUGUCACGUGUUAAAUUGGAGAAAGUAAAACGUGAAUUUGUAAGCAAAAGCAACGGGGAUGUCAGUUCUGGUGGUAGAGAAGAGCUGCUACAUCAUUCCAAGACAGAAGUAGAGAAGAGUAUGGAUUCGAUUGUUAUCUGCCCAGAAAAAAAAACACAUUUAGGCAGCUUUAGAGUCACUACAGAGGAGAUUAAGAUUAACUAUGAAAUCAAGACCUCCAGAGUCUGUGACAUCAAAAAAACUGGUUGCUGUAAAGAGAACUUGAGGAAUUUUAUUAGUUCAGGAGAGAUUGUUGGUAUGGGUGGUCACCCUAGUUCAGGAGAAAUAAGGGCUGUGGAGAAUGGACAAGGUUGUCCUGAAAUGGCCAGACUAAAAGCUGAGAUCAGUCCGUUCAAGGAGAACACACUGAAAGCUUGCCAAAUGCAUGUAAAUGGCACCCAUAAUGACAACCAAGAGAUAAAUUAUCACGAAUCUGCUAAGGAAACAAUGCUAGAGGACUCACUGCGAAAUAACAAGAAACUAAGUAAGUUGCGGGCAAAAAAGAAGAAAAAGAAAAAAAAGAAGUUGAAGGAUAUUCUAAAUGAAAAUCUACAGAGAAAACUUGAUGACUUGCAAAGAAAGCGUGAGGUUCAUCUUCAUCCAUUCAAAUCUUACAAAUCUGAGAUCCAGAACAAGUUGUUUACAAUUAAAAAGAAAGCAAAACACAAGAAGCACAAGUCUGGAAAAAAAUCGAUAUCUAAAAAAGCAAUCACAAAGAAGAGGAAAGGUGUCACAAAGUCUACCAUACCAGAAUUUCAGCUUAUUUGCACUAAUCUUGAUGAACUCAGGGAAUUAAUCAGAAAGAUUGAGAAUGAACUCAAAGAUCUGGAGGACAUUAAAAAGAAAUCGGGAAGAUGGUACCAUCGGAGGCAAGCAGUAAAGGAAUUGCAUGGUACAUUGUUACGACUGCUUAAUGAACUGUUACCAUGGGAGCCAAAGCUAAUGAAAGCAUUUCAAAGAAACAGGUCUAGAUUGAAGAAGGACUAUGAUGACUUUAAAAGACAUCCAGAGCAUGAUAAAUUUACCAGAGAAUUGUGGAGUAAUGAUGAAAGUGAAGUUGAUUCUGGCAAAGAUUCUUUUGCAGUAGUAUGCAGUAAAUCUUCAGAGCCUGUAGAACAUGCAGAAGUUCCCCAAAAAGAUCACCCAGACAAUGGUGAAAUGAAGCUAUUAGAGAUGAAUUUACCUGCAGGAAAAAACAGAAUUCUGAAAAAAGAAUUAACUUCUAAAGAAAUACAGAAGACACUGCCCAAAUGUGUUAAACGACAGUCCAAGCAAAAUAGUUGUCUGGAUCAAAGCACUAAUGAGCUUUCACCAAGGAAGAAAGCUAAACUGAGCGCUAAUGAUGCUGUGGUCCAGAGUUCAGAAAGUAGCCUGCAGCCAGAGAGUUGUUUGACUGAGCUGAAACAAUUUGAAGGGUCAACUCUAGAAUUGUUUUCCUUGACAGAUCCUGCAACAUCAGUAUCAAAAUUUCUGAAAGGGACCAAACCCAUCCAGGCCUUGCUUGCCAAGAAUACUGGGAACAAAGUGACCUUAACAAAUCAACUGUCACCUCCCCCUGGCAUAAAUGUAUCUACUCCUGAAAAGCCAGUUUUAUCACCUUUGGAAUCAUCACUGGUAAAACCAGUGUUGCCCUGCCAGACCAGUUCAAACACUCCUUUACAAAUGGUAUACAAAAUGCCAAAUGGCUACUAUGUACCAGUAGACCUUCACAACAGCUCUGUGAAAAUUCAAAUGCAACCUGUGAUUGACCCUAAAACUGGAGAAAAAGUCAUGCAACAAGUUCUUAUUUUACCUAAGAAUUUUCUUAUUCAGCAGAAGGAAGGAAAAAUUGUGGCCAAGGACAUUCAGUCACUGCAACAAAAAUCAUCUGAGCUGCAAUGUACAACUUUACCAGAAAUAUCAAAUGUCAGUGUUUCUUUAACACCUCUUGUGGUAACAGGCCCUGCAAAUGCUACCACUCAGUCACCUAGCACAAUUUUUAACAAGAAUAUUACCCACCCAUCACAAGUGACUGGUCCCAUGAACACUACACAAUCAUUGCCAGCUGUAACUUCAGCAGGUAACUUACCAUCAUCAACAAUUAAGGUGAGCCAGACCGAAACUGAGCAAAUCAAGACUACAGUUUCAACUGCCACAUUCCCUGUGUCUUUGACUUCACCUACUCUUUCCACAGCUAGCCAGUCUUUGAUAUCAGCAACAGUAUUAAGUGGGUCUACAAACACUGUUUCUGCCUGUCACAGUCUUGCAUCCCAGCAGACAGCUGACUCCUUUGAAACUAGGCAAGAACUGAAGACGGUGUGUGUAAGAGAAUCACAAUCUAUUCUGGUCACGACACGAGGUGGGAACACAGGAAUUGUUAAAGUGCGAACAAAUCCAGACCAAAUUUCACCUAGUAGUUUAUCUUCUAGUUCAGUUUUCACUUACGCACCUCAACUUCAGGCCUUUUUUGUGCCAAAAACCACACCCUUAUCAUGCUCUACUCUUCCAUCUGUAGAAACGGCCAUGUCUGGUCUCCCACAUAUUGGACAAUCAUCUGUUUGUGCAUUUACCCCCUCAACAGCUUCUUCUGUUAACAUUCCAGUUUUCCCAGCUGAUUUUACCCAGGCAAUGGACAAGAAUAUGAAAUUCACAUUACAGCAGCCUGUUGUUGGGGGCACUUUGGGACAAGUAGCGGAGAACUGCUAUGUGUCCUCUCCUCCUUUAUCAUCCAUUUCAUUAGCUAACGGUUUGAUGUCAGCAACUCCAAACAGUCCUGUUAGUGUGACUAGCAUUGGACAAAAUAACACUGCCAUAACUCCAAAUUCUUCUGUACAGCAACAAGGUGAUACUAAAACUACAACAAAUCGUGUUAUACAAUCUGAGUCUAAUUCAGCAACAUAUGGAGAUUUAAUCAGCGGUACUCCAGUUCAGAAACUUACAUUAGUCACAAAUCCACCUAUUUUAUCACCCUGUGGGGCAUCAGGAGUCAGUAUUAUACCCUCUCUGGCAUCCACUGGUAUUAAUGCUCAGAAGUUGGUUUUUAUUAACACACAAAUUGCCAAUGGCCCAUCAACCACCAAUCUAGUUCCAGAGUCAUUGAAACAUAACCUUCCUUCUUCCCUAAGCAAAACCUUUGUUAGUGCCACAGAGCAACCACAGUUGGUUCUGAUCCCAUCUACAGUGGGAGCACCAAUAAGAAUAAAUUCAUCACCAACUAUUGCUCAAGUAAAAGAUGUGAAAAUUGGACUAAAUAUAGGUCAAACCAUUGUAAAUACUAAAGGCAAUGCACAGCAGGCUUCACCAGUUAAUAUAUUGCACUCUGCCAUUUCUAAGGGAGAAGACAAAAAGAGCAUGGGCUUGGCGCUGUCUUUGACAAGUACUAGUACUUUGGUUCCUGUUCCAAGUUUUGUGAGUCAAACUGCAGUGUCAGUUAAUGAAUCUGUAUGUGUUGCAACAAAAGCUGAAAAUGCCUUUACAGUAACAACAGCAAAUGCAUGUGUAGAAUCUGUUUCAGUAACAUCAAGUGGGACUUCUUCUGGGACACAGCCCCCUAUCUUGAUUGGUGGAAAUGAUCCCUCAAGAAUAAGGCCAAUUCUGGGUAAUCGACUGUGUACAUCAAAUAUUGGAAAUACUGUGGGUAUAUCAACUGUGAAAACAGGACAUCUUGCUUCAUCUGUGCUGAUUUCAACAACACAACCAACAGUAUCUCCUCAAAACUUAGCAUCUGCUUUGCAAUUUCCAGUCAUUAGCUUGCCUGGAUGUGUAGCCAGCCCCCACAAAGUGUUACAUACAGUUCCUCAGUUGGCAGCAGUUCCAGCUCCUCCUCCAGUACCAAAAAGUCAGUUGCCCACACUGCUUCAGUUUCAGUCAUCAGGAGUUUCAGCUGCUAUGCUAAGUAAUGCAGUUGUUCACAAGCCUCAGAGUGUGUUGCCCCCUCCAUCACCAAAUACAGGUAAAGUCAUUAGUUUUCCCAGUUUUUCUUCCCUACAAUGCCAGCAGGUGCCUCCCAGUACAGAGAAACAAAGUCAUGCUUGUACUUGUGCUUCUACCGAUCAGAUGACUGCAGCUUCACCAACUGUAACAAGCAAGGCAGGAGGUGAGCUGAAUGAACCUUGCAUUCAACAGAAACUAGUCAUUAACACCUGUAUGCCUUUGGCACCUGGAACUCAGAUAAUGAUUAAUGGUACUCGUUUUGUUGUUCCGCCACAAGGCCUUGGAGCUGGCAGCCAUGUUCUUCUUCUCUCUUGUAAUACAAAACAGACUCCUCCUUUAACUAUUAAGCAAGGUCAAGAGGCUCAAGGUGUACAAAUUGUUAAUCCAAUAACCUCAAAAAUCAUGCUAGCACCGAGUAAUUCAUUAAGUUGGCAAAUACCAAAACAUCCUUUGAAAAGCUCUACAAAAAUUGUGAACUCUUUUGGGUCUGCAGAUGCUUUACCCAUUGUACAUGCAACACCCCAGAUAUUUAGUACUCCAGCUAGCUCAUGUACUCCACUGUCUGCAAUGCCACUGUCUCUGUCUUCAGUGGUAAAAUCUCCUGUUAAUGUUGUAGCUACAUCUUCUGUGGUUUCUGCUGUUCAUCCUCUGAACUCUCAUAUACCGAGCAACACUUCAGUGUUUCGCUUAGACACUUCUAUCAAAAAACUGUUGGUCAGUCCAGAGGGAGCCAUUUUGAAUGCUUUAAAUACUCCAGCAUCCAAAGUUUCUUCGCUGUCUUCAUCACUGCCUCCUGUUGUGUCCACAAGCAGAAAUCCUACCACUGUCUUCCCUGCAUCUCAGUCAUCUUGCCUUGAUAAACUUGACAAAGCUGCAUCCUGAAUUUACUGCAAAUGAGCCACUUUGAAAUUUUGGGGUAUUCUUCUGACUUUGGAAGUUGUAACUAUUGAAUAAUUUCUUACAUUGUUUGAAACAGUUUAUUUACUUAAAAUUACUUAAGAUUACAGUUCUUUCCUGUUUACCAGUGGGGCUUAGGAAGAAGAAAAAUGUAUUUGGUUUGUCAGAGAGAAGUUUUCAGAGAGCUCUUUAGUAAAAAGGUCAGAAAUGACCAAUGAGUUCAUUAAACAUUUUAGUUUGGAGAAGUCUAGCCUUUUGCACAUGUUCCAUCUUACCGUAUGGACUGUUUACCAGUGUCUUUAUGACAGUAUAUAUCUCCUUUUUAUUUGUCAAAUUUAUUUUUUAUUUGUUUCUGUAAAAAAAAAUAUUUAUGCAUUGUAAAAAAUGCAAUCUAUGGUAUAGAAUUGUACAUAUUCAUUAAUUCCUAACAAUCUGUACUAAACUAUAUGUACAAAGAACUAUGCUGUCUUAUUUAUGUUUUGUUUACAUAAUGUAUAGUUUUUUAAGUAUUUUAGUAACUUUGGACCAGUGUACUGUUUAGCAACAAUGCAGAAGAAUCUGCAUAUAAUAAAUCAAGUUGCUGUACUGCUUUGUGUUGGCAAUAGUUUAAAAGUGCGUAUAUCUGUUACAUCAUGGCAGAAUACAUACAUAUACAUGUUCCCACUUAAUGCAGAUGCAUCUCAGCUUUUGGAAUAUAGUAGAAUGAAAUUA